AUGUCCUCCGAGCUUCUUGAAAUCACCAAAGAGGAAGACAUCCUCGAGAACUCCUACGAGGCUCUACCGGACCACUGCAAACGCUACUGGAAAAAGCGCUACCAAUUGUGGCUGAAGUUCGACCAAGGCAUCCUCUUCACUCCAGAACUAUGGUACUCGGUCACCCCAGAGAAAGUAGCCAAGUUCACGGCAAAAUUGGCCAAAGUGCUAGUUCCUCGAGCAAAGUCUGCUUUGGACGUGUGCUGUGGCGGUGGAGGAAACACCAUCCAGUUUGCCAGGUACUUUGAGCAGCUGGUGGGCAUCGAUAUCUCUAGUACCAACAUCACUUGCUGUGAGCACAAUGCUAGGAUCUAUGGAAGACACAAGAACACGCAUUUUAUACGAGGCAACUGGAAAGAGUUGCAGAAUCUGUUGGAUUGGGUGCCCGACGCUGUGGAGUUGUACAAUGGCAAGUUCGAUGUGGUAUUUUCCAGUCCUCCGUGGGGAGGCCCAGCGGUGAACAAGCAAGAGCAUUUUGACUUGAACACGAUGAAACCGUUCAAUCUUCGAGAAAUCGUUACCAGCAUGAAAAAGGUGUCCGACAACAUCUUUUUGUUUAUUCCAAAGAACCUGGACUUGUCUCAGAUCCGUGAACUCACCAGAGAACUCUACGGGCCCAAGGGAAAGGCGAGAGCAUACCAAACCUAUGAAAAUGGGUGGCCCGUGGCGUUGUUAGUCGUUUUUGGCGAUACAUGGCAGGUGGAGGUGAAGAAAGGGUCUAAAGUCGAGAGCCUUGACCAGGAUUUCAAGGGCAGGUACUCGGAGUUGUUCCUCUCAAAUAAGUUUGGCAGUCUUCAGUUCGGCACAUCCAAUGCAUUAGACUGA